UGUAACAACUUCCGCCUCCGACGUCACCGCUGUCAGUAAACAUGGCGGCGUCCUGUAUGCGAACCGUGGGAUCGAUUUUAGGAAGAUGUGGGAAUUGCAGCUCGAGUGUAAACAAUCUUACGUCACAAUUAGGCCGACAGGUCCUGAGCAGGCAGAUAUGUGUGAGCUCCGUCCUCCGCAGGAAGAACAUGACCUCUGUGGGGCAGGAGAAGUUCAGCGCCGAGUUCAUCCAGAAGCAGGUGGAGGAGUACAACAUUGGGAAACGGCACCUGGCUAACAUGAUGGGAGAGGACCCCGAGGACUUCACCCAGGAGGACGUAGAUAGGAGCAUCGCCUACCUGUUCCCCUCCGGCCUGUUUGAGAAGAAGGCCCGGCCCCUCAUGAAGCAUCCAGAGGAAAUAUUCCCCAGGCAGAAAGCCGUGCAGUGGGGGGAGGACAGGCGGCCGUUCCACUUCCUGUUCUACACCGGCAAACAGGCCUACUACUCCCUGAUGCAUGACAUUUACGGCAAAAUCCUGGAGGUAGAGAAGCACCAGGAUCGCCUGAGACUCAAAGGACUCUUCUCCCAGGACGGCAAGCCCAUUGGCCUCGGCACAAGCAGGUGGCUCACAAAGGAUGAGCUGGAUAUAUUGCUCGGCGAGGGCAUUGGCACCUAUGAUUACGAUCGCUUCAUCCAGCUGAUGGAGCGCCUGCUGUCCCUGCCCUAUUGUGGCACAGAGAAGAGCUUCGUCCUGGGCUACAGGAGGGAGCUCGACGCCCAGUCCAGGAAACAGACAGUGCCGGCGCUGGAGCGAGACGAGAGGGGCGUGGCUUAUAGCACCGCGGAAGGGCGGAGGAAGACGUCUACCUCGUCGGUGGUUCUUCGAGACUGCGGCUCGGGACGCAUCACCAUCAACGGCAUAGACUACGUGCACUACUUCCCCGUGCAGCAGGACAGAGAGCAGUUGAUGUUCCCGCUUCAGUUCCUGGACAUGUUGGGGCGCUUCGACCUGGAGUGCACUGUGAGGGACGGCGGGCGCUCCAGCCAGGCGGGGGCACUGCGGCUCGCCGUGUCCCGUGCCCUGCUCAGCUUCCUGUCCGAGGGGCAGGUGGAGACCAUGAGGCAAGCUGGACUGCUGACGCCCGACCCCAGAGUAAAGGAGAGGAAGAAGCCAGGCCAGGAGGGAGCACGAAGGAAAUUCACCUGGAAGAAACGCUGAGCAGGAGAAUCUCCUCCCCUGAACUCUCAUACAAAACAUUCAGACUUGAUUCUGGUGUUCAUGUUUCCAAAGUUGUACUGAAUCCACCUCCCAGUGGCUGCAUCACUUCUGAAGUGUGUUUAGGCUCCUCCAAGAAAGAACUGCUGAAUGUGUUCAUAGAUCCUUACAGGUGCCGUGUUUCAAUUUGUAGCUUUGACUCAUCCAGCUGCAAUGAGCCUCUUCAGACACCAGGUGGCAUUGUAUGUCAAGGAAUACAUAAAAAAGAUGGAAUAAUAAAUUAAAUAAUAAAUACGAUUUUUCAUAAGAUA